UCUCUCAAGGGUGUGAGCUGGUACAGCAAACACGGAUCAGCCCCGCGGCGUUGAGAGAAUAGCAGGAGUAGAACUCCACUUCAAGGCUUGCUGUUGUCUAUUUGGAGACAGGAACUGCACAAGAUAUUCUCAUUUUCUGUGGGAUCUGUUUCCUCAGGUAUCUGGUUUGGUUUACUUUCGGUGCACACGUUGGACUGUUAAUUCAAUUGAACCAAAUCCGUCUUGGUCACAUAAAGAGGUAAUUUAAGCGACUUCCCAAUGGAGAGAAGAGCUUUGGAUGUGAAGACGAUGAUCAAGAAGCAUCAACCUAAGACAGAAAAUUUGGACCCUCGGAAGUGGAUGAGAGAGGAGACUGUGAGGGGUUUUACUGACUUCAUAUUGAACAAGCACUCCGAAACAGAGACGGAUAACAGCUUCGACAACAAAGAGAUGUUGCUUGAUGCAGAGAAGCAGUUUAUGGAAGCAGCUAAGACGAAUGAUGUUGUGACCAUGAAGACGCUUGCAAGAGGGCUGAAUGCCAAUGCAAAGAAUGUGGAUGACAGGACUGCCCUUCACUAUGCAGUAGCUGGCAAAAACAAGGAAGCUGUGCAGCUUCUUCUACAGCGGAGAGUCAAGGUGGACCAACCGGACAAGUACGGUGUGGCACCCAUUCAUUUGGCUGCCUGGUUUGGCAGUUUGGACAUCCUGAAAUUAUUAGUGCAGGCCGGGGCUGAACAGAAGGUUGAGAACAAGGAAGGACUGAACAUCAUGCACUGCGCUGCUAUCAACAACCACACUGACAUUGUGGAGUAUAUAGUUAAUGACCUGCAGAUGAAAGAACUCGACAAAGAUGACCAGUCAGGACAACGGGCAUUUGCAUUGGCGGCAGAGCAUGGAUGUGUUAAAAUGAUGGAUAUGCUGAUUGUCCCAUACGACAUGGCCACCAUGAAGGCCAACAAGAGCGGGGACACACCCCUGCACUUAGCUGCCAGGAACGGCCACUCGGAUGCCGUACAAUCGCUGCUGCAGAGCUUUGAUACGCGGGAUGAAGUCAAUAUGGACGGUGAGACAGCUCUGUACCAGGCUUCAGAAAAAAGCCAUGAAGAAUGUGUCCUGAUCCUGCUGGAGGCUGACUGUGACCCCAACAUCCUUACAACGGCCAAAUGCAGCGCUCUCCAUCCAGUUUCAGAAAGAGGAGACACGUCUGUUGUCCAACUCCUCUUAGAUUACAAAGCCCAUACGGACUUCCAGAAUCAGCACCUAGAGGCUCCUCUCCACCUGGCAGUGAAGAACAGUCACAUCCCUGUCAUCCAUUCUCUACUGACAGCUGGCUGCAACAUUAAUGUCGCUGAUAAGAGGUCCCAGACUGUUAUGCAUCUUGCUGCAGAGCUGGCCAGAAUAGAAGUCGUGGAAAUGCUUCUUAAAGCCAGGGUGGAUCUGACCCUCCAGGACAGGCAGGGUAAGACGGCUCUGGGUGUGGCAGUCAGGGCAGACGAGGUGAUUAUUGUGGACAUGAUCAUCAAAGCACAAAGAUACUACGCCUGGAGGAUGGCAAACCCAGAACUUAAUGAGAGCAUUCACAGCGAGAAUCCGCUAACGUUUAAACUCGACCACCGCAACUCGACCAAGCAGCCCCGUUCCAUGGCCUGGCACCUGGCGUACAAGCUUCUGAAAGCAGGAGACUGGAAGAGACUUGCAGAACACUGGGGCUUCAGAAAGGACCAAGUGUCAGCCAUCGAGGAGCAAUGGACAGGUCAGCAGAGCUAUCAAGAGCAUGGGAACAGGAUGCUGCUGAUCUGGCUCCACGGGGAGGAGUUGGCUCAGAAGAACCCUGCUAAAGAACUCUACCAGGGCCUCAUUUUCAUAGGGAACAAGAAAGCUGCAGAUACGAUUCGGAUGGAGACAGACAACUCCAGCAGUAAAAGCUGCAGCAUUUCAUGAGGAUGAACACUGCAACAUAUGGACUGACAAAAACGUCAUGUGUACAUCAUUUUCAACGACUGAUUUGUACAGGAAGUUAAAAUAAUUUAUUUUGAUCAGUAACAUAUGGCUUUGGUUUAUUAAAACAAUCAACCUGUGGUUUUGGACGGUUGCACUCAAUAGAAAAAAAACGAUAAAAUAAAUACUCGCAAUUUUAAGUCAUGCACAGGUGAAACUAUUCUGUUAAAACAUUAUUUCAUAGAAAUAAAUGUCCAUUUUGUAAUUCUAAACUCUAACCUCCAGCGGGUAAUAAUAAAAAACAGUUACUUGUACGUUUACCUGAGUCUAUGAAACACUUUCAUGAGAAAAAUCCUAUUGCUCAAGAAAUCCUACACAUUUAUGUAAGAAAGCUGAAAAAAAAAAACUAAUGACUUGAAACUAAUGCCACGGUAACUAUUUCUUGGAUAGUUACAUAUACUUGUUGAGCAACACUUUCUGUGAGAUACAAGUUUGUGGUUAGUCAACUACUUUGAUGGAGUGUACAUGGCACGUGGUGGUGUGUGUCCUGGAGGAGCUUCUGCCUCCGGUGGAGCUUUGGCCCUGUUGGGAGGAGCGAGGAAACUUAGAAGCCGUGGCCUGACCGAUAGUGAGCUGAAAGAACGAAAGAGACACAAAAGAAAAUGUUCAUCAUGGUUUUUCAGCUUGACAUAACUAAAGAUAUACACAUAAUAACGCGUAGAUAGUAAUACAGUAGUGAUGCAUUCUGUCCCAUACCUGUGUGACAGGAUGAUGGCGUUCAACAAUCACAGAGCUCAUGGGCGGAGCCACACCCAUCACCUGGAGGUUGCUGCGUGCAGCCUUACCGACGUCAGUACGUGCAGUGAUGCGAGCCGUUACAGUCUUUGAGGGUUUUUGUUGACUGGCUUUGAUGACACGACCGCUCACCUGAAACAGCAAAUAUUAUUGCGUCAUAUAUGAAUGUGAUUACUGUCGUAGAGACUUCUUUUGUGCUAAACUUGAGACAUUCUGGGUUUAUAACCAUUUAAUCAAUUAUAUAAUUACAGUCAUAGUUGCACAUGGCUGUUGUGAAGGUGAACAUUAUCAUCACUAGUAAUGACUUGUGCCACAGUCAACCGAUCAGUCUGUAUAAUGCCAACCUGUUUGUGGGAACUUGCAGUGCCCCCAAGUGGGAGGGAGCUGUGCACUACAGUAGUGGGAGGGAUCACUUCUGCCCUCGACACAGGGGCACCUGAGCCCAUCUGAGGAAAAAUGAAUUACAAACACAAUUGUAACACCACUACUGUAUAUGCAUGUUUCAGUUUCAGUGGAAUCUACAAGAAAAGUUGAUUUAAAGUAACAACAAAGAAAAAUUCUAAAUGAAAGAUAAAGAACAUUAUGCAAAUACAACAGCAUAUUAAAAGUUCAAAAACAGACUUUCUAUGUGAAAGACUGAUGGGUUGAUUGAUCCAAUCCAAGAUUUGAGA